CCAAGAUGGCGAAAGAUGUUAUUAACUUUGUUCGUCUGUACUUCAUACCGGUCCUAGUCCUCGUCUCACAGGUGAAUGGAGAAAGACGACCGAACACCGUUUCUAUGGAGCUGGGUCAGGAAAAGCUUCAAGAUCCGGACACAAUACAGAUAUUGGAUCCACCCGAAGUGCUUUCCCACGGAAUGUGGCUUAUCGUGGAAUACCGCUGUUCACGAGACAGAAUAAUCGGACUGGAAGUAACUGGAAGUAUUGAAAAACUAAAACCAGGACAAAAUGCGGAAAGGAAAUUGUUUAGAAAAGCGUGGAAGUGUAAUCAUGAAAAUAGAAAUAUAAAAAGAAAACGAGUGAAAUUAAAACUUCCGGAUAGUGUGGCGUUCAGACAGGAUUUAUUCAAUUCACGGAUAACUUUUGUGAAUUCGCCGAAAUUAAAAGCAUGGAAUUUGGACCCAAUAUGGUGGCCAAGUUGCCGGAAGUACCACAAUGCAUUCUGGAGAGCUACGGUGAAAGUUUCAUAUGAUAUGCAGUUGCCCUCUCCUCAUGCCCGGCUAUCCAAAGGCGGAUUCAACUCCUGCCCGAAAUGGCCUUUGCACAUUCUAGCAGAGGUUCAAGUGAAAAAGAUAGAGAUCUGCCGAAAAGAACCAGAAUAUGUCCAUACCGUCACGUUUCCUGUUGCAAUCAAUGGACUUUCUUACGGAGUUGUACGGAAAUUCCCGAAGUACACAAACACCCUUCUAGAAAAUAAUCGGAAACGAACAUUUGAUAAACCAAUAUUUACUUUAUCCAUGUGGAUGUAUAUCCUGGAUUACUGUAAAUUCUCUAACACGGGGCUGUGUGGUCUGACGUAUCACGUGAAUUGGAACUCCACCUUUCUCUCCCCACUGGUGUUCGUUAACAGGAAAGGCCAGCUACAUAUCCAAAUGAGCAAAGAGAACCGAGAGACUCUAGCCGCGGUCACAGACCUCAAAGUACCCCGGAGACAAUGGUUCAGACUCGUGCUCGGAUUCUCCAGGAAUUUCUGGAAACUGACGAUCACACAGGGGGAGCAUUUCAAUGAAACCACUGAAACUUCUUACAGAGUUCCCGGUACAACCUACCUAGAUGACACCGAAGGAUUGUUCGUGUUCGGCGCGUUCGAUGCGACACCUUCGUUUAAGGGGUACAUCGGACAGGCGACGUACUACAGGAACAGGCUAUUGCAGCCCCAUGAGAUUCCUCUACCUAGUCCAUACCACGCCAUGUUUGAGCUGGACCUGUCGCGGCGCACGUCGAAGUGCGAGGGGUUCCAGGAAUGGGUAUACAGUCGGAGUGCUUACUAUGUACAACAAGUGAAGUCUGCACGUCUAGCAGAGCUUUGCCAUACCUAUUUCUUCGAGCUUUGGAGGAGUAUCAUGCAGAAGGCGUAUGGUGAAGAUUUCACCAGCCGUUGUCCUAAAUUUGGAGAGCCUAAAUCAAAACAAUACGGCUACUUGGACCGUUUGAUAAAGCGUUCUAUACACAAAAAGAUGUUCCCGUCACAGAAACAGAUCGGGGAGAAACUUUACAACAAAGCUGUCAAAUAUAUUGAACUUGGUUUUAAUCAUGUGAGGCGAGCCAUACCGUUGCUGAAGCAAGCCAGUUGCUAUGACAACCACGACGCUAUGUACAUGUUGGCCACUCUUCUGAACAAUGGCGUCAAGGUCAAGGCCGAUGAGCCCCAGGCACAAGCUUAUCUAAUGAAAGGCUGUCUGGAGAAACAUCGUCUCUGUUGCCUCGCUCUCGCGCACAAACACAGAUAUGGGCUUGACGGUGUACCACAGGAUCUGGAACAGUCUUUUGUUUACUAUAAGUUUGUGGCGGACACGGUCCGAGUGGACAAGGAAACCCACAAAGAAACAGACGUGUUGACAGAGUCGGUGAGACUGACAGACGAGGAUCAGCUGCGCGAGCAGACGGACGAGGACGGAGACGUUUUCCAGUGGCUAAAACAUCAGGCAAGCAAUGGUGUCUUCUCUGCCCAGCAACACAUAGCACGAGUGCUGUUUUGGGGCUCCCAGGGUAUGAAGCGGAACAUGGCGGCUGCCACGGAGUACUUCCGGUUAGGGGCAGAAUCUCAGGAUCCUCAGGCCAUGUAUGAUUACGGAAUUAUUCUACUCAAGGGACAGGGAAUCAAGAAGAACAAGACGGAAGGACUUCAGCAUAUCCAGGCCAGUGCUGACAAGAAAAAUCCAUCAGCGUUGAACGCACUAGGUUGGUACGCUCAUAACUUCGACAAAAAUAUGACCGCAGCGAUAUACUACUUCGAGAAGGCAUUCAGGGGAGGUAAUGCAGACGCUGCCUACAACCUUGGAUUGUUCCAUCUCCAUGGAGAGUACCCUGGGAAACCUCCUAAUUCGGAUAUCGCCCUAGAUUACUUCAACUUCGCAGCUACAAGAAGCCAGAUAGAUGCCGGUGUCUUCGUGUCGUACCUGAACAUGAAGGGUACCUUCCUACGCAGCCGGGAGGUAUACGUGGCUAUCGAAUGGGCCAGGUUCAUCGCUGAAAAGAAUCCUGAAUUGGGCUUUGUUUUGAGGAAAGGAUUAACAGCCUUCAGAAAUGACGAGAGACACGUGGCACUGCUGUACUACCUCAUGGCUGCUGAUGCUGGGAUAGAGGCGGGCUCUUUCAACCUAGCCUGGCUCUGUGAGGAGAAUCAAGAUGGCAUUGCCAGCUCUAUAGAAAAGGAAUGCCAAUGGCGCCAGUACAAUAUCACAACGCAGAGAGAAAAACAAUUUGUUGACCCAUACGCUCUAAUAAAGAUGGGAGAUUACUAUUGGUAUGGUUGUGGAGGUAAGAGAGACCCGAGGAAAGCGGCCGACAUGUACACUCAAGCCGCUCAGAAAAAGGACCCCCACGCUAUAUUUAACCUUGGUUUGAUGGUGGAGGAGGGAGAAAAAAUACAUCCGUCUGUCUGGAAGUCACUUUAUAUCCCGAAACAGGACCAAUCCAACAACUACACUCUUCUUUCGACCAUUUAUAGGAAAUGCAGAGAUUCUCCUAAAUCCGAGGCCUACCUGCCGUGUUCCAUGGCUCUUUAUCGGGUACAGUUCCUGGAAAUGUGGGACAAACACAGAGAUAUACUACAGGUUGUCAGCUUCAUUCUGUCUGGAGUGGUUACCGUCCUCAGUCUUCGUCACAUCGUCCAGUCAUUGAGGGGAAAUCGUCGACCAGUUGAUCUGGAUAUCCUAUGAUGUACAUAAGACCCGAACAUCAAUUGAUAGUUACAUAUGACGUUAUUUUUGGUUAAUAGUGUCAUGUUCGACAAAAAAAAAAAUACAUGGACAAGGUAAGGUGCAUAUGGUGAUAUUAUUGCCUGGGUAUCAAAAGGGUCUGCAACUUGUGAUUUUAAAGAUUUUUUUUCAACAUUACUCUCAAAAUAAUAUCACUGUUUGUUUUUUGUCAUUCAUGUACUCCUUCGAUCCAAGAUCUUCCCUUUUUUAAAAAGAUUAUGAUUUUCUGAAUUGAAAAAGUCUCCAAAGCUUAGAAAAUUUCUGAAACAGAGUUGAGAGUUGUUUGACAUCAAUAUCACACUGCAAUGUCAUAAACCGUUUCUUUUUACACUAAGUUGUUAUUGAAAAAAAUGUCUGCGUCCAAUUUUAUUUUCACUGACAUACUUUUCAUUUGUUGGUGUGGACGAAAAAACCUCAAGAAUUUUGUGGUCCAAUAACCCGUAGAUCAAGAAAGGAAAAAAUUAACCAGAUACAAAUUCCUCAAAAGUAGCUUAGAACCAUAGCUUUAAUUACAUGUUUUCAAUGAUAACUCUACGUCAGUCCAGGACUAUGGUAUGCAAUACUAAGAAAUAUUCUGGUUGAAUUAUAGAGACAAAAUCAAAACUAAUUUUGACGUCACAAUUGCAAUUAUGGUGAUCUCAUUUAGUAAUUAUUUCAUGGGGACAACGCAAUAUUGAACGAUUUAAGUUUAGUCAGCAAGGUCUAAAUAGUGUUCGGGUCGGCAGGCAAAAUGUUUAAUCUGCAAUAUAUAUGUCUUCGCAAACUGUUUAUAAGCAUGUUGUGAUAAGGUUAUCAAUUCAACUUUAAGUCGCAAAACCUUUGAUUCUGUUUCCACGUAAGCUACUCAAAAGAAGUUACAAAUAAUGAAUAUUGAUUUGAAUUCUUUAUUCAUUCAUAUUUAAUUAUUAUUUAUGCCUAUUUGACACGUAUCAUUGUCUUUCGCUGGUUUGUAUUGUAAUGAUAAAGUGUAUUUUAAGAUGCUGUUGCGCCAUUACUUAAUCUAUUCAAAUUCGCUCUACAUACUUACAAUGUAAUGCAUAGACAAUGCAAUACGGAUAAUUCCACUAUUGCACCAUUUGGUCAUGUGACCACUAUCGUGACGUCAUCGAUCUUCAUGAGAAAAGGCCGAUUUCGUUAUCCAAAGAAAUGACGUUAGGAGAUUAAGAUAACUAAAUAAAGCAUAAGUACUCCAUUAAACUUCAUGCAUAUUUAAAUAAAUAAUGGCAUUGUCCCCUAACACGUUUACUUAGUUUAUUUUAACAAAAAUCGUCAAUAUCAAAACAUUCAGGGACCACAGUUUCAUUUGCAAUUAUAUUCAUUAAUUUGCUCUGUGAUGAACGAAGUUUUCCCUUUUAGAACUUCUUAAUUGAAACUCUGAAAUGGCGAUUUAUUUAUUUAUUUAUUUAUUUUUUUUAAACAUUUCCGAGUAAUCAUGUUAAUUUCGUGGGAGAGGACGGUUUUUAGAUUAACAAUUCCUGAUUAUGUAUAAUCAUAUCUUCUUAGCAGUUGGCUCUUUGCUCUGUGCAAUCGUUUGUCGUGACGUUAUGCUUAAAUGAAGGUACAUCCAUGUAUGUUUUAGCAAGAUAAUUUGUUUCUUCUCGGAAUAAUUUCAAAAUGUUUUAACUCCCUCAAAAGUCUCGCACUUUGUUUGACGUUAUUAUAGAAACAUAUUCAAUUUAGUGUAAAAUUGAAGUGAAAUACAUCAUCGUAUACCUCUUGAGAGAUUCGUUUCACUUGGAAUGUAUUCAACUCGUUUAAUAUGUAAAACAACUGUUUGUUUAAGAACCACAAUCACUUUGUAUGUUACUGUUCCUUAAUUGAUAUAUUGCACUACUUUGAUGUUCCACUUAUUUAGUUAUCAUAUACAAUCUAGUCAUUGGUUGGCUUGUUUAUCGUUUAUUUGAUUGAUUUUUUAAUGAUUUAAAACAUUUGUUUAUUUC